GGGAGGGGGAUGAUUAUUGGCAAUGGGCGGGAGAGAAAGAGGCGACUCCUGUUUCCUUUUCUUUCUGCCAGCGCAAUCUCGGCUCAUUUUCUCUAAGCUAUACAAGUUCACGGACGAGCUAUCUAGCCAACCCGCCUCUCCCGUCAUGGACCUCCCAGGCUGCUGCGUGCCGCCCGCCCUCUGAGAAGGCUCCUUCGCCCCGCGCACAGGAGGAGGCGGAGGAGGAGAAGAAGGGGAGGAAGGCGCGGCCGCAGCCGCCGCUGCCCAGCCGCCGUCCCGCAGAGCGCUGGCCGCAGGGCGCCGGGCCGGCAGCAGGCGCGCAGCCCCCUCCGCCUCCCCGCGGCCGCCCGCCCGCCCGCCCGCAUGUCGGCGGCCAUCCGGAGCGGCGGCGGCGGCGGUCCGGCGCCGGGCAUGGGGCGGCGGCGGCGGGGGGCGCUGCCGGAGCCGGCGGGCGGCUGCUCCUGCUGCCUGGCGGCGGCGCUGCCGCUGCUGCUGCUGCUGCUGCCCGCCGGGUGCCCGGUGCGGGCGCAGAACGACACGGAGCCCAUCGUCCUGGAGGGGAAGUGCCUGGUGGUCUGCGACUCCAGCCCCUCGGCCGACGGCGCCAUCACCUCCUCCCUGGGGAUCUCGGUGCGCUCGGGCAGCGCCAAGGUGGCCUUCUCGGCCACCCGCAGCACCAACCACGAGCCCUCCGAGAUGAGCAACCGCACCAUGACCAUCUACUUCGACCAGGUAUUAGUUAAUAUUGGCAACCAUUUUGAUCUUACGUCCAGUAUAUUUGUAGCACCAAGAAAAGGGAUAUAUAGUUUCAGUUUCCACGUGGUCAAGGUCUAUAACAGACAAACCAUCCAGGUAAGUUUAAUGCAAAACGGCUACCCAGUGAUUUCAGCUUUUGCAGGGGAUCAGGACGUCACCAGAGAAGCAGCCAGCAAUGGGGUCUUGCUCCUCAUGGAAAGAGAAGACAAAGUGCAUCUCAAACUGGAAAGGGGUAACCUCAUGGGAGGGUGGAAAUAUUCAACCUUUUCUGGCUUCUUAGUCUUUCCACUAUAAAAGAAGGCCAAAUAGGAGACAGAUCCGUGAGCCGGAGCAAGGAUUCAAUUGUUAAUGACACCCUGAACUUGGCAGCACAUGACAAUAUUUUCAGUCACCCUGUCAGACUGUCACAGUAGAAGAAUGAUAACCUUCUAAACUCCAACAUUUGCUUUGAAUAUUGACAAUUCCUUGGAACCUGCGCCUCUAAUUAGUUUUAGACGACAGUGAUCUUUAGGAGAAAUGAAAUUAUCGACCUGAGCAAUUUGUACCUGUGAUUGUAAAGUCAAUUUUGGAUUUUAUUGUUGGGAUCAUUGACUUUCUUAUUCUUUUUAUUUUUUCCUCUCUUUCAUUUUUCCUCUUUUUCUUUCUCUUGUUGUUGUCCCAAUGAAACAAAUAACUCGGACCACAGAAUCACUUUGUCAAAGGCUCACUUCAGAGCCAGAAGAACGGAGUGUUCAGCCCAAUGAGGUGUUCUUCCAUGCUUUAUUUCUUUGUGUUGUAUAGCCUUAAAGAAAAAAAAGAAAAAAAAAAAGAAAAGAAAAAAAAAAAAAGAAAAAAAAAAGAAUGGCUUCAGUCUCAGUCCUGUAUUUUUCUGGGGGAGGGGGAUUCUGGACAUUACUGUGUCAAGAAGUGCUUUAUCCAGUGAAGCAAAAUUUGCACGAUUGGAACCUUAUUUGUGUUGUUCGUGUUUUUCAUCAACUUUUUAUUUUUCCUGAUUUUUGUUUGUGUGUGCUAAAAAUGUAAGCUAGAUUGAUCAAUAAGACAAAACAAAGCACAUAUAUACCCUGUAGCUCUAAGUAAAGCUAACCAGUGAACAAUUUCUGUCUGCACUUUCCAGCUGAUCUUUAUAGACCUAUUUAGAGAGAGAGAAAGAGAGAGAAAGAGUGAGAGAGCUACAUGAUCCUUCAAUUACAAUCUGGAAACCAGUAAAGGAACUGACAUUUCUGAAUUGUCCUGACAUUUCUAGAAGCAACAGUGGAGGCUUUGAAUAUCUUCUCUGACCAUACCCUAAAAUAUAUACUUUCUUUACACUUCCAUAUUUUGGGUGUUUUUAUCUAACAUUUAUUUGAUAUAUUUGUCUACUAAUGCUUGAGUACACAUUGAGGGAGCACAGAGAGAUGUCAGAGCAAAUUUUUCCUCUUCCAAAUUAAAUAAAACCAUCUCUACUUGAUCUGUCCGUGGCAAGUAUUGGAGGAGUAGACACAAGCAUCUUUGACAGCCUUAGGGAGAGGAGCCUCAGAGGGAGAGGGGUCUCAGAGGAUCAACAAAUGCUCCAGAAAUUGGCUUAGGUGCCAUGUGUAUAUUUGCUGCGUCUGCUCUUCCCAACAAAAGUGGCCUCAAAGUUCUAGGGAUGGAUUGACAUCAGUAUUGAACACUGAGAAAAUUAUUAUCCCAAUCAGCAAGAGGUAAAAUGUCAGUCCAAUGUCAACUGUAUCCUUUUGCCUCAUUCUCAAUAAACAGGUCCCGUUUCUUCAGUUUUUUAAGUUUAUUUUUUUAGUUUGGUGGGUUUUGUUUGGGUUUUUUAAAGUGGUGUACAAAACAUUAUGCUGAAGAAAAUAUUGUUUGAGGAGAUCCAGAAGGAAUGUUUAUUUUACAGAAGUCUUAUCAACAUUUAUUUAAUUUUAAAUGUGUCAUUUUACUAUGAAUCCCCUAAGGGUGGAUGUGCAUAAGAAUUUAUUUUUGUCAAAUUUACUCCUCUGCCACAAGCAAAUAUAAUGGAAAGGCAUUUUCAGGAAAGCAGUGGUAACUACAUUGUAUUUCAGAAUUAUGGUGGACAUGUCAUUUUCAUUGUAAAUUUAUCAUUCAAGGGACAAAAUUAAAGUAAUAUAUUCUUAAAAAACCCUUAUCUGUGUUGCUUAUAUACCUCAGAUGACUAAAAUAUAAGCCAAUUUAAUAUUUAAGAUUUUUGUGCAUUUUCACCAUUGAUGUGGUUUGUUUGCUUUGCUGUUUCACUUUGCCAGUUACUUAAUGAAUUGGUUUCAGGUUGUUGGUUUUUUUAAUGGGUUGCAUUUUCUAGUUCCUAUUUGUGCUUUGGCAUGACUGCAAUGCUUCUAGUUGCAAAAUAUCACAGGGCUAAGUUUAAGUACAUUAAAUAAAACCUGAGUCAGCAACAACCUUUUUCUAUUAAAAUACAAUAAAUACAGUUGUCUUAAUGGUAGACAUUGUAAAACUACUUCUUGUGUUUAUAACUCGAUCGUGUCAUGCAAGGAAACAGAAACUGAGGUGGGUUCAAGCUGCCAAGUUUUUAGUUUCUGCUAUAUUUUUAAUUUAAAAUAAAAAUACUCAGUCAAAAUAAUAUAAAAUAAGAAUUACUCAGUUUUGCUUUAAAAUUCUGCCUACCAUAAUCACCAUUUACAUUAGUUCAUUUGGCUUGAAAAAGGCAAUGACAUCUUAGUUCUGGAUCUCUCCUAUCAUAAAUGAAGCCAAUGGCAAUGUUUUCCUUGGAACUAUCCUUGGAAAUUUCUAAAGGCCAUUGUAGCUGCAUAAUCUGAAUAUUUCACUUCAUGUAUUCAAGCUCAGUAAUCUUGACCAUGUUUUUUUUAUAGAUAUGUUUAUAUGGUAACCAAUCUUCUGAAUUUAAAGAAGUUAUCUCAUACAAUUCCACUUUCCCUUUGCUACUCUGGUGUCCUUCAUGCUGAGCUCUAGAGUUAGGAUUCUUAUAUAAACAGUUUAAAUAAAUGGAGAAUGUGGAGUAAAUUCUUAUUGUACACUAAUUGAACUCAUGAUUUUUUUCUUUUAUGUUCUUUGCAAUAUCUUUUCCCUUUUAAUUUUGCAUGUGGGUUUGAGAAUGUAAAAUCUACAUGCUAUUGGAAACGGUAGAAAUUUUGUUGUAUACAUAAGGUUGUAUAUCAUGAUAUAUUUUAUGUUGGAGGGGGGAAAUGCACAACCACAGCACUGUAGAUUGCAGGAAAUAUGAAGUGAGAAUGAUUAAAAGAGCCUCCCAGUACAUUAACAGUAAGCUUACAGAAAAUAAUUUAUAUAAAUAAAUUGUUUGGGUAACCUUCAGAGUUGGUUUAAAUUUAAUGUUGAGGAGCACCACAAGAGUUAGAAGUGUAAAACACGUGGUAGUGAAGUAGACCAGUGGCACCAUAAUGACUGGUUCCUGUGGGAGCAGUAGCACAAGACCCCUUCCAACAGCUUUCAAGGUUUCUCAUAAGCUGCUGUGUAACAGUUGUAACAUAUUCCCAUGAAACUACUGUCUGUUUGACUGCUUCCCUUCCAGGGAACAAUCUGUACUUGGGUGUUGUUGGUGUUCACUGUUUUAGUACUUCUUCAGCCUACUUACGGCAGGGUAGAAGCCAGGAGCUGUAUUAGGAAUGAUAAAUUCUCAUCAUAUAUAUCGCUGCCUUCCUCUUGAGUUUUAUACCCAUGGUUUGAACACAGUCUUGCCAGAGAGCCUGUGUGCUCUCACCUCCCCCUGAGACAGUGGGUGUGAUGGAUGUGUGGUGUAUCUCAUUACUGGUCAGCAUCUUGCAAGCUGGAUCUGUGGGAGGAGGAGAGAGACAGGACAUGAAACUAAGGAGUUGUUUAGAAGUUACAUUGUGUUUGUCAGCUGUGACUUUUUUAACUUUUAAAGAGAACAUUUUGUUUUUAUUGACCAAAUUUGUUUCUUGGACAAUCUGUCAAAGUAGAAGAUAGGCUAAAAGGGCUUGUUUACUGGUGCAUUUAUUCAGAAAUAGCUGAAAGUGGUUUCACAUCCUUCUAAUGUGACAUUGGUUUCUGGAAUAGGCAGAGUCACAGGUAGCAUUGUUUAAAAAUAGCUUAUAUGAUUAAUAGUCUGCUUCGAUCCAGGAUAACUUUCUAGUGUUAAUAAACACUCAAAAAAUAUUGUCAUUAAUAUACUUAAUUUUCAUGUGUAAUGACUUAUCAUUAGGCAGUUAUAUAUAACUAAAGAAAUAAAAUCAAUUCCCCUCUUUUAAUAUAUUGUUGAAAGGCCAAGGAAUGUUUUUGAGUCAUUGCAUAGUUUCUGGAUUUGGAAUCACUUACUGUCUUGAACAAUUGUUCCAGGAUCAUUUAUCAUGAGGAGUCAUGCCCAAUUUUUAAUCACAGUAGUAAACUAUGAUAUGUUGUAAAAUAGGUAUUUUCUUAAUAGAGUGGCUUCUUUUAUUUGACAUGAUUUCACCUGUCAGAAUGCUUAAAAUAGAACUUUAUGAUUCCUGGCCACCUGUUAAUUAAGUCACAUUUGAAGUUUUUAAAUUCCUGAGAGUUUUUGAUAUCCAUCGUGAGUGUAGUUUGACACAGACUAGGUGGCUGAGCAGCAGAUGAUAGACAAGCAUUUAGAUCAGCUGUUUAUAUAAUCAAGUAUCAGUAAAAUUCAAGUGUUCCAUAGAGAAAUAAACAUGUCAUCAUUUCAGCUAAGAGGCUGAUCUUGCUUGUCUCACUCACUUCAGUAAAGUCCAUCCCUCUUAUGAAUGGACUUUACUUGAGUUCCUCUUAACAUUAAAUUUACACCAACUCUAACUGUUACCUAAUCAAUUUAUUUAUAUUUGUUACUUUAUAUAAGCCUACUCUUAAUGUGCUGGGAAGGUCUUUUAAUUGUUCUCACAUCAUAAUCCCUGUUGCAAUCUAUGGAGUUUCUGUUCCCCCUCUAAACAAAAUGUAUCAGGAUAUCUGCUCCUUAAAAGUAUGUCUACACAAUAUCUACUGUUCUCAAUAGCAAGUGAGUGGAGCUUAUGAAAAACAUCAGUACUAUUGAGCUUGAAUUGUACAGUUUGGAUUUGGUCGUGAUUCUACCAUUAUGUUCAUUUAAAAACCAGUGACAGUAAUCAGUGCAAACCCUUAGUUAACACAAUUAUUCUUGGGUGUUGAGGUAUUUCAACACUAGUCAUGUUUCUGAUAAUAUGAGCAAAGGUCUACAAACAUGUUUUGAAUGCGUGUUUUAAAUCAAUCCCCAAACUAGUCACAUUUAUGGUCUUAUCUAAAAUAAUAAUCUACUUUUCUUAUUUCCUACUGCCAAUAAAAUCUAAAGACCACUAAUUGUACUUAAUGCUAUCUGGGUGUCAUAAUGAAAAUACACUUCACAUACCAUGUUUAUCUAAAAUCUCCUGUUUCUUAGCUCAUUUAGCUUAACCUAUUUAGUGAAUCAUCUCUGCUAUUCAUCAGCAAAAUAAAGUUGCCUAACUUGCCGGUUCCCUGCAGAUCACAUAUAACAGAUGGUAUAAAUAAUGACAUAGCAAAACAUGGAGAAGCAAAUAAUGACUAUAAAUUCUGCACCAAAAAAAAAAAUGUGCAUAAACAGAAAUUCAGGUCUUAUUGACAAAUGCUCCAAAACUCAUAAAAUAUCAAAGUGAAGAUUUUACACUAAUCUUUCUGACUGAUAGCACUUCCAUUGUAAUAAUGAAGUGUCAUUUUUGCUAUGGGAAUAAAAAAUAAUUUAAAUUG